UAAAAGUGGGUCCAAAAAAUCAAAAUGGUCAUGAUAAAGAGAACAUCAGAAGAGAUAGGCGUUAAGUACAUUUAAUGAAUAAUGAAACAGAUCCUGGACGGGAAAGGGAGGAGCCCGUAAAUACGAGCAAUAAUACACAAUAACAGUGUCAUCCAGCGAGUCAAGAUUCCGUUCACAUCUCUCUAUCUAUUUCACCCACAAAACCACACGGAGUUAAAAGCUCAUCCCCACUGCAUCUGCAUAUCACCCAAAGGGCUCCAAAUCAAACUCAAUUCGCCGCCUCCAAACUCCAAAACAAGUAAAAUGGGAGUGAGCAACAACAUCACCGCCGUCCUCAACUUCAUCGCCUUCCUCGCUUCCAUCCCCAUCAUCGCCGCCGGCAUUUGGCUCGCCCAGAACCCCGACAACGAGUGCAUCCGUAACUUCCGUUGGCCCAUCGUCAUCCUCGGCAUCCUCGUCCUCCUCGUUUCCCUCGCCGGCUUCGUCGGUGCCUACUGGAACAAGCAGGGCCUCCUCGCUCUAUACCUAUUCUCCAUGGCCCUCCUCAUCGUCAUCCUCCUCAUCCUCCUCAUUUUCGCCUUCGUCGUCACUCGACCCGACGGCACCUACCACGUUCCCGGCAGAGCCUACGAAGAAUCCAGGCUCGACGGCUUCUCCGCCUGGCUGAGGGACCAUAUCACCAGUUCUGGGAGUUGGGCCAAGAUCAGAUCUUGUUUGGCUGAUUCGGAUACAUGCAUUAAGCUCGCCCAGGAAUAUAUCACUGCCGACCAGUUCUUCAAUUCUCAUCUCUCUUCUUUACAGUCAGGGUGUUGCAAGCCUCCAUCGGUAUGUGGGUACAGCUACGUGAGCCCCAUAAUGUGGGUGAACCCGGCGAAUCCCACGGCGGACCCGGACUGCUACAUGUGGAGCAACGAUCAGAACCAGCUGUGUUACAACUGCAACGCGUGCAAGGCAGGGCUGCUGGGCAACCUCCGGAAAGAGUGGAGGAAGGCGAACGUGAUACUGAUAGUGGCGGUGGUGGUGCUCAUAUUUGUGUACGUGAUAGCCUGCAGCGCCUUCAAGAACGCCCAAACGGAGGAGCUCUUCGACCGCUACAAGCGGGGUUGGGUUUAACUUUCCCAAACACCCCCUAAUGUACAUCCUCACAUGUUUUCUUUUCUAUCCGCAUCUCAAUGUGUUCCCAAUAACGCUUGCUGUAGUUAAGUUUCCCACUUUACUACCAAGGUGUACUCUGUCGAUUCCCGGCUCACAAAUAUUGUACCAUUUAUUGAUUAUUGAUUUUUAAUGCACACGAGCUCGCUUAUGGCCA